UGGGUUGUGACAUCACCAGUCCCCUCCCACCCCCACCCCUCUCCUAUCCUGCUAGUAUAGAUGCUUCGUGGUCCGGUGGUCCUCUCCACUCCACAGUGUUUCCACGGAGAGCUGCACAAGUCCUAAAUUGAGCUGCUACCUUAGUGAAGUUGUCCAGUAUCCCUGUCCAGAGAGCUCUAUGGCAGGCACCAUGCUCCUCAGAGUCUCUCUCCUGCUCCUCUCCGGAUCCAUUCUCCUCAACUGCAUCCCUGCACAGAGGAUUAGAGUGAGAAGACAGAACAUGAAGGUUCGCAUCAACGCUACGGGCGACACCAUCGUGAUGAAGUUUGUCCGGCCCAACCCUGACACCAAGCUGGAGGGCUACAUCCUGGGCUAUGGCAGCAGCAUGUUCUCUAAACAGUUCAUCCAGCUGCCUGAGAACGGAGAGCCUUACGAGACUGAGAUAGACGCUGAACCCAAGUAUCUUGUUGCUGUCCAGCCAAUCCCGAGCAACGACGUAAAGAAACAAUGCACAGGAAAGGUCAACCUGGAGAAGCCACUCCACCUGGUGAUUGGCUCCGUCACCCCAACCUCUGUGCUGCUGUCCUGGGGAACCUUCCUGAAGACGCCCUACGAAGCAGGCAACAUCAUGAACGACUGUUUGGAAGACGGACACUACACCGUCCGCUACAGGGAGAGGAACAGGAAGUGGAUCUACCAGACCUGCCCCACCAGCGACACUGUGAUUGACAACCUGAAGCCCAACACCCCAUAUGAGUUUGGGGUCCGCUCCAACAAAGACGAACGCAGCGGAAUCUGGAGCAAGCCUGUCAUUCACAAAACCAACAUGGGCGCAGGGUUGGACAAAAGCGUCCAGAAACCCUACAAGCACCGGACCCCUAUUGUGAAGCCAGUGAAACCACCCAUGUCCCGUGCACCUUUCCUACCUCGUCCAGCUAUUCACAAUAAGACUCAGCCUAGACUCUCUCUGACCAAAAACCACGGUUUCCCAGGAGCUCCCAAGACAUCUUUUGCACCACCAGAGAGCCACCUGGAAGCUAGACCUGACCCCCGCUCCAAUGAGCCUCAAUGGCCACAGUUCCCACUGGAUGGAGGAAACAGUAUUAGAAAUGCUUCCUCUCAUCUCGUGGACCUCCCUCCUGUCCGCCCCCAACUCCUGCCCUCCAAAACCCCCAGUACCUCCUCUGCCACCCCUGUCCUUAACAACCCCUCUCCACACGGUGAUAAGCAACAGGGAAAGACCCAACCCAGGGGACCUACUAGCGCCACAGAGAAGCCACAUAACCCUUCCUCUGCUCUCAGCGAAUCACAGAAAGGAGCAUCACUGCUAACCCCCGCCCUGGGCAGUGAGAAAGCCAAUAAUAACAACUUGGGUCAAGGCAGCCAGAGAAAUUUGAAACCCCUUGGCCCGGCCAUCACACUGAUAGCCAGGACCAUGAAGUCUCCUGCUGCCACAAACCCUCUCUUUCCCUUCACUGAUGGCUCAAGACAAGAUACCCCCUCUUCUUCCUCAUCCCCAUCCUCAUCCUCCUCCUCAUCCCUUCUUCACAGGGCCAAUAACUCAUCACAGACCUCCGGGACACCAGGGGGUCAAGGCAGCCAGAGAAAUUUGAAACCCCAUGGCCCGGCCAUCACACUGAUAGGCAGGACCAUGAAGUCUCCUGCUGCCAGAAACCCUCUCUUUCCCUUCACUGAUGGCUCAAGACAAGAUACCCCAUCCUCCUCCUCUUCCUCUUCCUCAUCCCUUCUUCGUAGGGCUAAUAACUCAUCACAGACCUCCGGGACACCAGGGGCCAAUGGUAAGCAUCACAAAGGAACCGGCCUUCCCAAACCAGUCGUUUGGAACAGACUGAGAAUGGCAAACACAAACAACUCGCUGUUGGAGGACAUAAACCCUGAUGUUUUGGGCCGUUCAGGCUUCUCUUCCAUUGAGGACCAGUUCUAUGGAUCUCGUCCGUCCAUUCCUGUCAACAAAAAGACCAACCUGGUUGGCAAACCUGGUGAUAUGAACAAGCUGAAUGUCUUGAAGCAAACGGACAAGGCCUCCAUUUUGAAUAAGUUCCCAUCAGUGACGGCUAAACCUGCCAAGCAAGACCGCAGACACACAACAACGACUGCACCAUCAGUCAACGACAUCUGGUUUGAAACCUGGGAGAACUCCUCAUUAUUCAGCUCCCUACCCGCCUCUGACGUGGACGCAUUGGGAAAGAAACGUUUCGUUGCACCCCAUGUAGUCUACAAGACGGACAAGAAACCAGACGAGCCUUGUUCCAUCACCACCUCUCUCAGCUACUUCCCAGAGGAGGAGGGCGGGGAGACAAACGUGACAGCCCCGCCCAAGUCUCCGCCCUCCAACCUCACCGUGGUAACGGUGGAGGGAUGCCCCUCCUUCAUCAUUCUAGACUGGGAAAAGACCGACAACGACACCACAGAAUAUGAGGUCAUCUCCACGACGAAGGGACCAGAUGGUACUCAGGUCUCCAUCCUGACCACCAACCAGACUCACACUGCAGUGGAGAACCUCAAACCCGAGAGCAGCUACGAGUUCAAGGUGAAACCCAAGAACGAGCUUGGAGAGGGGCCACCCAGUGAGCCUGUGUCCUUCAACACUGAAUCAGCUGACCCACGUGUGAGUGAGAAUGUCUCAGGAAAAGAUGCCAUCUGGACCCAGUUCCCCUUCAAGACAGACUCAUACUCGGAGUGCAAUGGCAAGCAGUACGUGAAGAGGACCUGGUACCGCAAGUUUGUGGGCAUCCAGCUCUGCAACUCCCUCCGAUACAAGAUAUAUCUGAGUGAUUCUCUCAACGGUAAAUUUUACAACAUUGGGGACCAGACUGGCCAUGGUGAGGACCACUGUCAGUUUGUAGACUCGUUCCUCGAUGGAAGGACAGGAAACCAAGUCAGGGCUGACCAGCUGCCAGCAAGAGAAGGGUAUUACAGGGCUAUGAGACAAGAACCUGUCAACUUUGGUCAGAUAGGAGGGAACUCUCACGUCACCUACGUGUCAUGGUACGAGUGUGGAACAGCCAUUCCUGGCAAAUGGUAGGACCCCCCCAAAGCUGUCUGUGGAGAAGCCCGAAGGAUAUACAGUACAUAUCAAACCGGCUGGGAAGGUGGCAGGAGGGGUCCUUCUACGCAUCCAAUCAGUCUCUGGAUGCUACAUAUCCCCCAUCUAUCCGCCUCCGAACACCAGCCAUGUAAAAACGUGUACAGGAUCUCCGUGUCAGGUUAAUAUAAUGUCCAUAUGUAAUAGCCUUAUCUUAUUUAUCAAACAUGACAAAAAGGCAAACGGAUAAAAAGAACAUAGUAUGAGAUAGAUGGAGAAACUUCUAACUAACAGAGUGAGGUAACAAACAUACAGUAGAUAUCUUUUUUUUUAAAUAAUGGGAAGCUGGCUCCCUGAAACUUAUUUUGAUAACGUGUAUAAUAUUAUUUAUCAAAGUGUUUGAUGCCAUGUUCAUAGUUCUAGGAAAUGGGUUAUAAUGCAACGCUUUUGCUGUACAGUACGAGUUGUAGAGUUUCAGACAACCUGCCGGAAUUUCAUGAUUUCAUUCAGUGACCGAUUCAUGGUGCAAGAAUUGUUCCAUAAAUUGGUCAGUCUUAGGGCUCUAUUCAAUCCGUAUCGCUGAAGCUCAGUGUUGUGGCGCGAUUGAAAUGUAAAGGCAAUAUUUCCGAGUUAGUGGAGACUGCAUUCAUGGUAAACGCUGCAUAUGUCGGCUCAAUGGGAAAUUACCUUUACAUUUCCAUCACGCAAUCUUGAACGCUUCAGCGAAACAAAUUGAAUCCAGCCCUAGUUCAAUAUACACCUUCAGAGAAGAUAAUGCUGUAUAUAUUAACAUGAAGUCCACUCUCACACAUAUCCACUAACCAGUGGAGGCUGCUGAGGGGAGGACGGCUCAUAAUAAUGGCUGGAACGGAGUAAAUGGAAUGGCAUUAAACAUGUGGACACCAUGUAUUUGUUGUAUUUGUUAACAUUCCACUAAUUCCGCUCCAGUCAUUACCACAAGCCCGUCCUCCCCAAUUAAGGUGCCACCAACCUCCUGUGCCAGUAAAGUUCAUUGUAUGAAUGUUGACCGAGCAAUGGCACAUGGUGCACCUGCAUCUUCCCCUCGCAGUCACCUAAAACCAAAAACAAGCAUUGGAAAAUAAGCACACACGCAAAACACACAGAGGACGUCUUGUACCAAACCAAUAUUUCUCCUUCAUUAGCCCUGAUAUAUGGGGUGGCUAUGCAUGGGAGGUCUUUAAACAUGCAAUUUGCACAGCAUAAAUGUAUUUAUAUGUAUAUGGAGAGAAAGUAUUUUUUCAACUAACUUUUUCAAAAGACACGUCCGUUAAAGUUAACGUUCAUACUUCACAGUGUUCCACUGGCAACAUUUUACAACCUCUGAUACAACACGUUGUAUAUAUCUUGUUGGAAAAUAAGAGGGAUAUCUUAUCUUCUUAGUAGCCUUGAUAAAUGGUACAGAGAGGAGUCCUGUUGAAUGAUUUCUUAGUUUUGUACAAAAAUACACUUUUUGGCUCAAUGCGCUUGCAGAUCAGUGUUUUUAUACUUAUUUUUUAUGGAAAAUGUUUGUCAUAUGGAACUGUACUCUUGUUUUUUUAAACAUACUUUCAUUCCUGUAUCUAUUUUCUAAUAAUAAAAACAGAAGUUCUGUUCCUUUUUUAUAAAAAAAAUAUAUGUCCUUGACAUUUUUCACUUUGGGUAGCUAGAAGGAUAGUGUUUUCCAGUUGAAGAAGCGUACAGGUGGAACUUGAAAAAUAAACUGCCUUCCUUAA